UUAUGGUCCAUGUGUAUGUAAAUUGUCAAGUGUCAAUUCACAAAUCACAAUUUCAUUGGUUUUAUUAAGAAAAUAAUUCGUUAGGCGAAAAGGAAUAAUAUGACCUAUAAGCGUAAAAAAUAUCAUCAUGGUGAUACUCAUUUAAAAAAACGUUGGCGAGUGCGGAAUAGAAAGAAAGAUUUAGAUGAAAUUGAUGAAGAUCUCAAGGAAGAAAAAUCGGAAAAGUUAUUGAAUCAAGAUGUCGAUUUAGAUUUACCUGGCGCGGCUCAACAUUAUUGUUUACAUUGCGCACGAUAUUUUAUUGACGACAAAGCUCUUCAGGAACACUUUAAAACAAAAGUUCACAAAAGAAGACUUAAAGCAUUAGAACUUGAACCAUAUUCGAUCGAAGAAUCAGAGCGAGCCGCUGGACUCGGAAAUUUUAAACUUCCCAACAAAAGAAAAAUAGUAACACAAAAUUCUGAUGUAAUAGACAAGGAUGGUGAUAUUGUUUUAAGUGAAGAUACACCUACACCUAUCAAAAAGAAAAAAGUUAAUAAUGUUGCAUAA